AUGACGGACAACAAGGACGAACUCGUGCAGAGAGCCAAACUCGCCGAACAGGCAGAGCGAUACGAUGACAUGGCUCAGUCGAUGAAGAAAGUCACUGAAUUGGGCGCUGAACUUUCGAACGAAGAACGUAAUUUGCUGUCGGUUGCUUACAAGAAUGUUGUUGGUGCUCGUCGUUCGAGCUGGAGGGUCAUCUCAUCGAUUGAGCAGAAGACUGAAGGAUCUGAGAAGAAACAGCAAAUGGCCAAGGAGUAUCGCGAGAAAGUUGAGAAAGAACUUCGUGAUAUUUGCCAGGAUGUGUUGAAUCUCCUGGACAAAUUCCUAAUUCCGAAGGCCGGAAAUCCUGAGUCUAAGGUGUUCUAUCUCAAGAUGAAGGGAGACUACUACAGAUACCUCGCAGAAGUGGCAUGUGGCGAGGACAGAAGUUCGCAGUACUACAUUAUAGUUGUCGUUACUGUCGUGAUUGCAGCAGUUGUCGAGAAGUCGCAGCAGUCCUAUCAGGAAGCUUUUGACAUCGCCAAGGACAAGAUGCAACCCACUCACCCCAUCCGCCUCGGCCUCGCUCUAAAUUUCUCCGUGUUCUACUACGAGAUUUUGAAUGCUCCUGAUAAGGCAUGCCAGUUGGCGAAGCAGAUUGCAAAAGAAAAUUUGGCAACCACUCAUCCAGUUCGCCUUGGCCUUGCUUUGAACUACUCUGUAUUUUUCUAUGAGGUUGCUUCCAGUCCUGAUAGAGCUUGUCAGCUGGCGAAGCAGGCAUUCGACGAUGCCAUUGCUGAACUGGACACCCUAAAUGAGGAUUCUUACAAAGAUUCCACGCUGAUCAUGCAGCUGUUGAGGGACAAUCUCACACUGUGGACCUCUGAUGCAGCUGCUGACGAUCAGGACACAGGGGAACAAGGAGAGGGUGCUAACUGA